UAAAAUCACCAUUUGAGUAGUAAUUGCAACUUGAAACUCUCAUAUGGAUAGUAUUAUUACUUAGAAAAUAUUUGUUCUUCCUUUUUUCAGGCAGCUAUUUUUGCUAUGAUAAUCCUGCCGCCCUUCAGACUCAGGUCAAACGGGUAAGUUGAUUUUCACCGUUGUUUGCUUCAGGGAAGGUGUAGCUGUUGAGGCUUCCUCAGCUCUCAGGUUACCUUGCCUGCAACAGUGUCCAGUGAAUCCAUUUUAAUAUCUGUAGUCACCAAAUCUGUGUGUGGCCAGGAGUGUUCUUGAGUUGGAAUGAAUGGCCACAAAAUGCAUUUGUAGCACUUGUUUGUAACUUGAUAUUGUUUCAAAAUUUAGAUAACUCAUUAUUCUCCCUUUGAGUGACCAUCUGAAUGACAAAUGAUUUGGUAGCAGGGCUUUUUGCCUUCUUAAACACCUUGCUGACUGGUCACAAGAUAACUCAUGUCUGCACUCACAUUAAUUUAAGUAAUUUUAAACACCUUACUGACCAAAGUAGCCGGCCGCAUGGGCGAGUUCUGGUUUGAAAUAGCCAGUCAGCAAGGUGUUUAAAUAUGUUUUGUUGUUACUUUGUUUUUUAAAUGCAGAUACUGAUUGUAGAGGAUUGUCCAUGUCAGUGUUUUUAGUCUGAUUUUGUAAAAAUGAAUUUGAUAGUUACAAUUUCUUGUGCAUUUAGAUAGUCUCUUUUCUUUGUCUUUGGACAGGGAGAAAUGCAUAGAUUGGCUCUUCACAUUCUAGAAUGAAAGGGAAAGAAGGAUAUGCAGGUGAAUACCACGAAGUUCAUGCUGCUCUAUGCCUGGUACUCUUGGCCCAAUGUAGUUUUGUGUUUCCUUGGUGGCUUUUUGAUAGACCGAGUAUUUGGAAUACGAUGGGGCACCAUUAUUUUUAGCUGCUUCGUUUGCAUUGGACAGGUUAUUUUUGCUCUGGGUGGAAUAUUUAAUGCUUUCUGGCUCAUGGAGUUUGGAAGGUUUGUGUUUGGGAUUGGUGGGGAGUCCUUAGCAGUUGCCCAGAACACAUAUGCUGUGAGUUGGUUUAAAGGCAAAGAAUUAAACCUGGUGUUUGGACUUCAACUUAGCAUGGCGAGAAUUGGAAGUACAGUGAACAUGAACCUCAUGGGAUGGCUGUAUUCCAAGGUUGAAGCCUCGUUGGGUUCUGCUGGUCACACAACCCUUGGAGUCACGCUUAUGAUUGGGGGUAUAACCUGUAUUCUUUCACUGAUUUGUGCCUUGGCCCUUGCUUACUUGGAUCAGAGAGCAGAAAGAAUUCUUCAUAAAGAACAAGGAAAAACAGGUGAUGUUAUUAAGCUGACCGACGUGAAGGACUUCUCCUUGGCCCUGUGGCUCAUCUUUAUCAUCUGUGUCUGCUAUUACGUGGCCAUAUUCCCUUUUAUUGGACUAGGGAAAGUUUUCUUUACAGAGAAAUUUGGAUUUUCAUCCCAGGCAGCAAGUGCUAUUAACAGUGUUGUAUAUAUCAUAUCAGCUCCCAUGUCCCCAGUAUUUGGGCUCCUGGUGGAUAAAAUAGGGAAGAACAUCAUCUGGGUUCUGUGUGCAGUGGUGACCACUCUUGCUUCCCACAUGCUGCUGGCCUUUACACUGUGGAACCCCUGGAUUGCUAUGUGUCUCCUGGGACUGUCCUAUUCAUUGCUUGCCUGUGCAUUGUGGCCAAUGGUAGCAUUUGUAGUUCCUGAACAUCAACUGGGAACUGCAUAUGGCUUCAUGCAGUCCAUUCAGAACCUUGGCUUGGCGAUCAUUUCCAUCCUUGCUGGCAUGAUACUGGAUGCUCGGGGAUAUUUGUUUUUAGAAGUUUUCUUCAUUGCCUGUGUGUCUUUGUCACUUUUAGCUGUGGUUUUACUCUAUUUGGUGAAUCGUGCCCAAGGUGGGAACCUAAAUUAUUCUGCAAGACAAAGGGAAGAAAUGAAACUUUCCCAUACUGAAUGAGAAGUUUAAAUGACCAUGUCAUGAGAAUGGGCUGCACACAUCACUGAUCUGAAAACCUCCAUUAAAAAUUUUUUUUAUAUAUAGAGUUUAGUCAUUAGGAAAAAUAAUGGCCUGGAAAGUUAUAUUUGUAUUUCAAGUACACCUAUUUCAAAGUAUAUUUGUGAGGACUGUUUUGCUCUCUGUCUUUUGUGUGUUGCUGAUGAAUUUUACUACAGAAUAGGCUAAUCAACAGUGAAGUUUAGUAAAUUGCUCUGGGACAUGCAGGUGGAUUUCAGUAAGAACAGUACAUAAUGGAGAUCAUUGGAUCUUGUACUGAGAUCAUUUGCACAAACUAUUAUCUUGGGGAUAUGGCCUUUUUUUUAUCUUAAAGCAAAAAAAAUUUUUAAGUUUUUGAGUGGAUAGAAGGGAUGUUUUAUAUAGAAUAAAAUAUGGCAUUUUAAUAGGCAUUCUCUUUUGUAAUAGGGAAUAUUUGAAAGGCACUUUAUGACGUCUCUUCAUUUUCACAGAUAACAGAUUGUGUUCUGCUCUUUAGUUAUGAGAGGUUGCUGAGCGGUGACCCUUUUGAGCUUCUUUCUCUCUCCAUUACUGAGCACCUUUAUUACUUAGGGACAUAAUUUCAUGGUACAAACUUUCUGUACAUUUUUUAUAGUCUAAUUAAUUAGUAAAAAUGCUCUUUAAAAUAAUUGCAAAUCUGCAUGAAUAAAAACACUGUAAAAGGAAUACAUGAUGUCUUCUAACGUGAUUUUUUAAAAAAUCUCAGAACACUGAUUUUUCACCCUUUAUUUAUGUGGAAAAUAUAAGAAAUAUAAGAAAAUAUAAGAAAAUCUGUGUUGGAAUAAAGAAAAUUUGACUAAUUACAGUCAUUGGAAGAUUAUGGGGUUUAGCUUUUCCACCAGAGUGGGACCUUAAAGUGACAGUUAUGUUUUUCACAUUAAAUAAAAUGUGAAUAUGAAAUUUCUCUGACAGAUUUAAGCACUUUAAUCUACUUAGUCGUAGCAUAUUAAAGUCAAGGAAUUUUCUGUGUGUUUUGCUACCUAUGGGCACACAGAUAUUUUAAACAACAACUAUUUAACUAAGGAAUUUAGCUGAUUAUCUUGUUUCAAGUACAUGGCAUGACACUGUCUGCCUAAAGUUUGUGAAACAGAUUGAAAGUGCAUCCCUUUGCAGGGUAAGUGUACUUACCCCCAUUCCUCUGGUUUACAGUUAUUGUGUCAUUACUCAGUUGUUAGAUCUUGAGGCUUUGACUGCCCUGUGACUGUUCUAGCCCAUGGCUGGUGAAUGUUGGCCUCACCAGCUGGGGCAGUGCAGGAAGUCAGCUGCUGCUGCUGGAGGCUCUGUGGUCUGUUGCCUAAUCUCUCCACUACCUCAGUGCCCCAGCCGCAGUGAGCUGCUUACAUUUUUUUCAAAUAAAUCAAAUUCUGUCUCUUCUCAGAGGCUUUGUUUACACUCCCUUUGCUUAGAAUAUUUUGUCCAGGAUUCUCUGACCUGGUUUUACCUGAUUUCCAAGAGGAAAUCUUAGCCCCAGCUCAGAGCCAUUAUUCCUGUGGGAACUAAUUCCAGUGGUCUUGGAAAAACCCUGUACUUUUGCUUCCUAGUUUACCUCAGCCUGCAAUGAAGGAUUUGCGAUGGUGUGGGUUUCUGUCUCUUCCUUAGAGUGUAAGCUCCUUGAGGGCAAGAACCACGUCUGUUACGUUAAUAAUGAUUGUGUUGAUAAUGCCUAAUACAAAAUAAAUAUUUUUUGAAUGAUGCAUAAAUAAAAAGAAAAGUAAA